AUGAUGGGUGACUUUUUCCAGGUACAACGCUGGUGCUUCGCAGCGAUCGGUGUCGCACGGGAGGACACCCGCACCAAUCGGGCAGUGUUUGCCGUCAGUCUCCUGACCGUGCUGGUGAUGAAGCUGGGCACCAUUCUGUUCGCGGUAAAUCAUCGUACCGAAAUUAUGCUACUUUGCGAUUGCCUUGGACCAACGUUCACCGCCUAUCUGGGGUUGCUGCGGCAGUGUGUGUUACGCCAGCAGCGGUCGACGCUCUGGCAGCUGGUGGAUGAGCUAAUCGCACUGAAGCGAAAGGUGAGCCCAAGCGAAGUGCGGAUUAUCGAGCGAUACAAUCGGAUCGAUCUGCUGCACGCCUGGACCUAUCUGGUUUCCGCCAUGGCAACGGCCGCCCUGUUCAGUGGUGCUGCCCUCUGGAAGGUGAUCAGCUCGGAGCCCGGCGCUGACUGGAAGCUGCCACUGCUGAUGGAAUUCCCCUUCGAUAUCCAGCAUCCGGUAACGUUCUCGGUGUUUUUCAUCUGGUGCAGCGUCGCCAUCGUCUGGGUGGUGCUGGAAUCGGUCGCAUGCGAUUCCUCGUUCGGUACGCUCUGCUCCAGCGUACUCGCCCAUUUCGUCAUCGUCCAGCGGCGCUUCGAGCUGCUGGGAACGGAAAAGGUAGCGGACUUGGCGUCAGUCGGUGCACUGAUUCGGUACCACCAGUAUGUGCUGUGGUUGGCGAAGCGUAUCAUCGGUGCGUACCGUCACAUCAUCUUCAAUCAGCUACUCAUCUCGUCGAUACUGCUGUGUAUGCUCGGCUUUCAGCUGGUCAUCUCGGCCGGCACGAGCAUCAUGGUCGUGUACAUGGUCUACAGUUUGGCAAUCAUUAUCCAAAUUACCUAUUACUGCUACUAUGGUUCGAUGCUGCACCACGAGAGUGAGCAAGUGCAGCGGGCGAUCUACAAUGGCACUUGGUAUACGGCGGACAUUCGGACGCAGAAGUUGCUGCUGGUGUGUAUGAUGCGAGCCGGCAAAGCAGUAGAUGCCAAUUUUGGUUUUACUCGAGCCUCCCUGCCGGCCCUGAAAUCGAUACUCAAUUCAGCGGGAUCGUACGUCGCGUUGCUGCUGUCACUGUUGGAAUGA